AUGCAGAGCUCGCUGCUGUCCCUUGCGGAGCCGCGAACGAGGAAGCAGACAGGGGCUGGCCCCGUCGCUUCUCAGACUCAACCCGAAAACAGAGACACGGUCUUUCCGGAGUAUUUACAGAAUGUGGGGGCAUUCCUGCGCGCAUGCAAAGAAAGUGCGGCGACGGCAGCCGCGGCGGCGCAACAUGGCACGGACGGAGACGUGCUCCUCGUCUUAGGCAACACCAGCGCAGAUCUCGUAGGGCGGAACCCGACGGGGAGAAAGAGGUUUUAG